AUGUCGAUUUCCCAUGGUUCGAAUGACGUUUCCAAUGCGGUUGCGCCAUGGGCGGGGGCAUACGAUGCCUGGAAAAGCGGUUCAGCUCGUGAAGAUGCUAAGAGUCCUAUCUGGAUCAUCUGUAUCGCAGCGCUCUUAAUCGGUGCAGGGUUCUGGUUCUGCGGCUACAAAGUCAUCCGCUCUCUCGGAAAUAAGAUCACACACGUCAGUCCUACUCGAGGAUUCGCAAUAAACAUCGCUACCUCGGUGACAGUCCUAGUGGCAUCACGAUUUGGCAUCCCCGUGUCAACCACACAAUGUCAACUAGGAGCAACAAUCGGCGUCGGAUUGAGCUACUUUAAUCCGAAAGCUAUCAAUUGGAAACAAAUUGGUUUCAUCGUCAUCGGCUGGUUCAUCACUCUCCCUGUUGCAGGGUUGAUUUCUGGGCUGCUAAUGGCGAUGGCGUUGAAUACCCCUCAUAUGAGAGGUCCGCGAUGA